AUGGUGAAUGUCGAGAGGAUCACAUUCGAGCACUACGAGCCCGGCAGCGCCGUGUCCGUCCCCUCGCCCCGACUGUCGUGGCGCUUCGAGGGUCUCGAUACCGAUUGGAAGCAAUCCGGCUACACUCUGAGCAUCAAGAGGGCUUCUGGCACUCGUGAAUUUUGUGUUGAAUCUGAUCAGUCCGUCCUCGUGCCUUGGCCCGACACUCCGCUCGCCAGUAGAGAGAAAGCCAGUGUGCAGCUUGUCGUCACUGCUUUGGACGGCAAAACCUUGCCCGCCGUCUCCGUCAACGUUCGUGUUGCUUUCCUGUCGAGCGAAUGUUGGUCGGCACGGCUUAUCGGGGCGCCCGUCAGCGAUGCGACCAAGACGAAACCGCCUUUUCGCGUAUCACGGUCGUUCAAUGUCGACGACAUCAAGGAUGCCACAUUGUAUGCCACCGCUUUGGGUCUGUACGAGGUCAGCAUCAAUGGAGUGGUCGUUGGCGACCACGUUCUUUCUCCGGGCUGGCAGUCGUACGAGUACAGACUUGCCUAUCAGGUGUACAACGUCACGUCACUGCUUCGCGUCGGGACAAACACCAUAACAGCCGAUGUUGGCGAGGGCUGGUAUGCCGGUCGUCUCGGUUGGGCGGGUGGAGGCCGAAACAUCUGGGGUCAGCAGCCGGGAUUCAUGGCGGCCCUGGAGGUGGACGAGAAGGUCGUCGUACAGACCGACAACACAUGGGAAUGCAGCAAGACCCCCAUCGUCUCUGCGGAAAUCUACGACGGCGAGCAUAUCGAUACGACCAAGGGUUUCGACGACAAGACGCGAGUCGAGAUCCUACCAUUCCCCAAGGCUCGGCUGCACGUCCCCCAGGCGCCCCCUAUGCGACGCACAGCCGAGGUGGCCGCAGUCGGUAUUCUCCGCUCCCCUUCCGGCAAAACAAUCAUCGACUUUGGGCAGAACCUGGUGGGAUGGCUCAAGUGGGCGAAGCAAGUGGACGGGACGGGCCAGGUCACGAUUCGUCACGGCGAAGUACUCGAGAAUGGGGAGCUGUGCGUGCGACCUCUACGCGUUUGCAAAGCGACCGACAGGGUCGACCUAGGUGGCCGCACGCAGGGACUCGAGCCCAAAUUUACUUUUCACGGGUUCCGGUACGCCGAGAUCGACGGCUUUCCUCGCUCGGUUGAACUGGACGACUUUGUGGCGAUCGUUGUGCAUACCGACUUCGAACGGACCGGCACGUUUGACUCGUCGCAUCGGCUUUUGAAUCAGCUUCAUUCCAACGUGGUCUGGAGUAUGCGCGGCAACUUUUUGUCCGUGCCGAUGGACUGUCCGCAGCGCGACGAGCGGCUGGGCUGGACCGGUGAUCUCGAAGCGUUCUGCCCAGCCGCGUCCUUUCUCUUCAACGCGUGUGGCACAGUGGGCGAAUGGCUCGGUGACGUGGCGGCCGAACAGCUUGACUUUGGGCGCGGCAUACCGCCUAUGAUCGUCCCCUGCAUCUUCAAGGACGUCUACCUCAAAGAUAAUGCCCCGUCGUUCGCCAUCUGGGGCGACGUGGCCGUCAUCUCCCCGUUCGAUCUGUAUCGAUCUUUCGGUGAUCUCGAACUGUUGCAGACACAAUACAAGAGCAUGCUAUCCUGGCUCGACCAAGGCGUCCGUCGGUCAGCGUCGGGUUUAUGGGACCCCUCGAACCAGCAGUUGGGCGACUGGCUUGACCCGCGAGCGCCUGCCGACGAUCCAGGGGCAGGCCUCACCAGUGCCCUACUCGUCGCCGAUGCGUUCCUCGUCCACUCGACUCGACUUAUUGCCGAGAUCAGCGACCUCGUUGGGUGUCCCGAGGCCGCGAUCCGCUACCGCGCUCAACACGCGCAGCUUGUCGAGGCCUUCCGUGCCGAGUACGUUACGCCGAACAGUCGCAUCAUGAGCGACACGCAAUGCGCUUACGUCUUGGCCCUGGCGUUCGGGCUUGAGGCGGAUGCAAAGCAGGCAGCCGUGUGGGGAGAUCGACUGGACAGACUUGUCCGCACCGGUUGUUUCAAGGUCGGCACUGGAUUCGCUGGCACGCCGCUGAUACUCGGCGCCCUGGCCAAGGCGGGUAAAGUGCAGGUUGCUUAUCGAAUGCUAUUGGAGGGGCAAUGCCCUUCAUGGCUUUAUCCCGUCAGUAAAGGGGCCACGACCAUCUGGGAACGCUGGGACAGCAUGCUGCCCAACGGCGACAUCAAUCCCGGCGAGAUGACAUCUUUCAAUCAUUAUGCGCUCGGAUCGGUAGCAACGUUCCUCCACGAAACGAUCGGCGGGUUGCAUCCUGUCGAGCCGGGCUGGAAGCAUUUCCGCAUCCAGCCGCAACCGGGAGGCAGCUUGACUCACGCCAAAGCUGGUCUCGUGACGCCUUAUGGUGCCGCUGCAUGUGAAUGGCAUCUGGAUGGGGAGCGUCUCCACGUCACGGCUAUCGUCCCGCCCAAUACGACCGCCCACAUCGUGUUGCCUGCCGUGGACAAGGUGAUCGGCAGUGGAAAGCACGAUUUCAAUGUCCGCUGGGAAAGCGAAGAGUCUUGGCCGCCCAAGGCAAUCGCCUCCCCCAACAAUAGCAGCCCCGACACGGACCCUUUGUAG